AUGGAUAGUAUAUUCCUAUGCAAUCGCUGUGGACGCUCAUAUUCAGCAAAAAGCAGUCUCGUCAGACAUCAGAAAUAUGGCUGUGAUGAUAUUCGUCGAUUUAUUUGCUCAUUGUGUGGAAAGAAGUUUAAGCGGUGUGACACACUGUCUGAACAUGUCAAGGAGGAUGCUGUUUACCUCAUAAAAAAUUCUUACAAAAUAUCAAAAACUCCUUUUGUGAACCUUGAUACCAUUUAUACAUUAAACUCACUUCAUUAUGUUGUUUAUGUAAGUACAUUUUUAUGCAAUCGCUGUGGUCGCUCAUAUUCAACAAAAGGCAGUCUCGUCAGGCAUCAGAAGUAUGACUGUGGUGAUAUUCGUCAAUUUGUUUGCUCAUUGUGUGGAAAGAAGUUUAAGCGGAGCCACACCCUGUCUGAACAUGUCAAGGGCAUUGGUGAAUUGGAAUGGCAUGUUAAGUUGUGCUUGUUAAUGAAGGUCCCAAUUCAGAUAAGGAAGAAAAAUGAGAACAAUGAACUACAAAUUAAUAAUCAGCUAAAUGUAAAUUGCUCUCAGAAUAAUAAGAUUUUAGGAAAGAUAGUAUGUGAAGUAAUUUUGGCAUUUAUAUGGAAAGUGUUGUUUGAAAACAAAUUGCAAAACCAAAAAUGGGCAUUUAUUUACUCUAGGAAAUAUACUCAAAGACAUAUACUCAUUGAACCAUGGUGCCUUUUCUCCAAUGCAGAAGACAAAAACCAGCAACGAAAGAAAGAAAGUGGAAAUGAGAGGAAAGAGGUUACUCAGUACUCAAAGUAA